AUGAAGCUAUACUCGAUUACCGUUUUUUCUAAUGUUUCCACGGAGUUGAAGUUAUUGGCUGGAGAAUUCGAGCUCUCAAACUUUGGAUAUUUUCAGCGUGGAAGCGUACAAGAAUUCCUGACCUUCUUCUCCAAGACUGUGGCAGAACGUACUAAACCAGGACAUAGACAGAGUGUUGAAGAAAGCAGUACGCAUCUUACUGAUUUCAAUGAAGGUCUAUCGGGCAUCAUAAUCACAGACUCUGAAUAUCCUCAACGAGUUGCAUUUUCUCUGGUGAAUAAAGUCCUUGAGGAAUUCCUGGUGCGGUUUCCCAAACAGACUUGGACACAAAAAAUUACUUUUCCGGAAUUGAGAGAGUAUUUGAUCCAGUAUCAAGAUCCAAAACAGGGAGAUCAGAUUAUGAAGGUGCAAGAACAACUGGACGAAACCAAACAAGUUAUGAAUAAAACCAUUGAGAGUCUUCUCCAGCGUGGAGAGAAACUAGAUGAUCUCAUCGAUAGGAGUAGAGAUAUAUCCUUUCAGUCCAAGGCUUUCUAUAAACAGGCAAAGAAGACGAACAGCUGUUGCGUAAUCCAAUGA